GGAUUUUUGAGUAUAAAUAAUUUCUACGAUUUUGAGUUAUUUUGAAAUGAAAUAGUCAGGUACUAUGAAGGUACAGAACACGAACACCGAGGUCUGUCUACAGGGRAAAAAUAAUGCACUGCUUGUCAGCGAGACCCCUCAACACCAGCCAAAUGAGAGGCAAGAUGUAGAAGCGAAUAAGGUGGAUGACUUGACAGCAAUAACCCCUCUUACUGAGGAUGCAGUUGUCAAGACAGUUGAAGAAAGAUUCAAAGCUGGAAUCUACUAUACUUGGGCAGGCAUUCCUUUGGUAGCAGUCAACCCCUGUCAAGAUGUCGAUGAACUUUAUGAUGAUGAAACUGAAGCAAAAUAUAGAAAGAAGAGUGCAGUAGAGACAAGGGAACUUCCCCCUCACAUCUUUUCCAUUGGACAAAAAGCAUACUGUGACUUAAAGAGAGGUUUUGAAACUUCAAAUCAAUCUAUUGUAAUCAGUGGAGAAAGUGGGGCUGGAAAGACUUGGACUACUAGAACAUUGAUGCAGUUUAUAUCAGACAUGRCAGAAAAAAGCACCCUAGAUGGUGUCUCCUGCAUUGAACAACGGAUUCUAGACUCCAAUCCCGUCCUUGAGGCGUUYGGUAAUGCCUGUACUCUACGUAACGAAAACAGCAGUCGCUUUGGUAAAUACAUCCAACUGCAGUUUAACCUGGAGAAUCACAUUGUAGGAGCAAAAAUUAAAACGUACUUGUUGGAAAAGACGCGAGUGGUUCACCAAGUACCCGGAGAAAAAAACUUUCACAUCUUUUACCAAAUGACGUCAAAUUCAGAACUUGAAAAUCAGCGAAAAACAAGAAGACGAUCUUCAAGAUGGGGAGGCGAAGAUAGGCAGGCGUUCGUUCUUACAUGCGAAGCGAUGAGAAAUAUUGGUAUUAAAGAUGACUUACAAGCAGAAAUAUUCAAGAUUCUCAAAGGAAUUCAAAGCAUSUGCAAGGUCGAUUUUGAUGAAGGGAAAUCGUCAGAAGAACUUUGUAGCUUUGUCAAUUCUGAAAUCGCUAAGAGAGCAUGCUCGAUGCUAGAGUUGGAUGAAGAGAGGUUCAACAAGUGCAUCAGUACAAGGCGUAUCACAGCAGGCUCGACAAGGGAAGAGUUUAUAAAACCCUGUGGUGUUGAAGAGUGUUUGUCUAGAAGAGAUUGUAUGGCUAAACUUAUCUACUCAAGACUCUUCGAUUGGAUCGUAGACUUCAUUAACACCAGCAUCAAAGCACCAAGUCACUCAAAACACGCCUUUAUAGGGCUGCUUGAUGUCUAUGGAUUCGAGAGCUUCAAGGACAACAGCUUAGAGCAGUUAUGCAUUAACUACGCCAACGAGAAGCUACAACAGCAUUUUGUGUGUCAUUUUCUAAAGAAGCAGCAAGAAGAAUACCAGAAAGAAGACAUCGAUUGGUCGUUCCAGGACUUCUCGGACAACAGAYUAUGCCUUGACGUCAUCGAAGGAAGAGUCAGUGUCUUUGCGUUGAUGAAUGAGGAAUGUAGACUUAAUCGAGCUGUUGAUGAYCAAGGAUUCUGUGACCGACUCCAUUCCUCCCUGGAAUCCAGUAGAUGUUUUUAUCAAGAUCGUCUGAAGAGUCAAAGACCUGAGUUUGUGAUCCAGCAUUAUGCGGAAAGUGUGUGUUAUCAGGUGAAAGGGCUGAUUGAGAAAAACAAGGACCACACUGCACCAGAAGUCUUGGAACUUCUGCAGUCCAGCAAGAGUCUGUUUUUGAGUCGUCUGUUYUCCAAAAAACAACAAAACAAGCAACAAGAGAACACAAUUCCUGGAAAUACUACAACAUUUAAGAAACCUCUACAAACCAGUGUAACUGUUGUCAGCAAAUUCAAAACGUCACUAGAUCGACUCAUGUCAACCCUGGCAUCAACCAGUGCUCACUACAUACGAUGUGUUCGACCCAAUGCAGUCAACAUACCAAGCCUCUUCGACAAGAAACAGGUACUCAACCAGUUGCGCUCUUGCGGUGUAAUGGAAACCAUACGAAUCUGCGCUGCUGGCUACCCGAUCAGAUUAACCCAUCGAGAGUUCAUAAAGCGCUACAACUGCACCGUGACGCACAAGAAACUUUCCUUGCCACUCACGCCAUCCAAAGUAUUCUCGACCCCACCACCAACCAAACCAACCACUCCCAGAUCCCAUGGYUCUACCAGCCGAAAGAGGAGAUCUGAGAGACAUUCAAUACGAAUAAGGCGGAGCGGCUACGAUCACACGCCGGUCAUCUGUCAAUCAAUACUGGAAUCGAUCGRAUGUUUUGAUGAAUGGGACAAAGAAAAUAACACGGGAUCGUCGAGCUGUAGUGGUUUUCGGUUGGGCCGAACAAAGAUAUUCCUACGCGAAGAAACUAUCGAGAAACUCGAAACCAUGCGCGAAGGUUUUCUUUCACGAUCAGCAUUUACGAUACAGUGUUGCUGGAGAAGGUAUAGAAAAUGGGUUGCGAACAGGCUCAACAUGGCUGCGACCAAGGUGCAGAAAGUGUUUAAAGGUUGGCUUGAGAGAAARAAAUACUUCGCUCACAGAAGAGCCACCCUAAUACUCCAACACCACGUACGAUCUUUUCUCCUCAAAAGGAAAAUUUCUAGGGAAACGAGUCAAGCGAGGCAAUACACCGUACCCUCUGAAGAUGCCUCCAUUAUGGAGACUCAUUCAAACUCUUUUAGCCAAUCAACUACAAGCACAGAAACUGUACCUUUCUACCUUCCACUUCACGUCGAUACGUGUCAAGCGCCACCACGCCCAUCGUGGUUCGCGCCGUUUGUGUCGCCUGUAUACGACUCUCUGAUUAUGGAGAAGUGUCAAGCCAUUACGCAUGGCAGUAUAAAACCGCUGGACAGUAUUCAUAGAGAUCGCGGAAUUGCGUCAUUUCGAAGAAUAGAAAAAGUGCCCGUAGUGUUUCAUUGUCGGAGAACACCKCUGACCAAAGCUGAGACACGCCCCCUUCACAGUAUGGAAAUUGAUAAGGGAUUGGCAUCACUUAUGUCUUUACUGUGAARUGAAUGAAUGACAACCAAGACCAGAAUUCUAUCUAAACGUAUUCAUCGACACUCGUUGCAGGKCGUCUCUGAUAAAACGAUUAGCACUAAUUAGGCUUUGUACACCUAAGCUCAACAGAGGAUUUUUUGAAAGUUUUAAGAUAAAAAAGAAAAUAGAAAGAAGAAAUGAAGGAAAGAAAAAGAAUGAAUAAGAAAAUUGAAAGAAGGAAGGCUGGAGCGGAUCCAAGAUUUUUUACUAGGGAUGUGGACCAUACAGGAUUUUCGUUUUAGGAGGGGAUGCACCAUUUUCUUACAAACUCAAACACCAAUAAUGCAGUAGAUUAUAAUAAUAAUAAUAAUAACAAAUUCAAGGUCUAUAUCUAGAUAUAUCCCAUGAAUGCUAGAGUACRAACACUAUAAGUGUAUAACAUAAAUACCACUAAAUACUAAA